ACCAUUUUCGAAAGUGUUCCCUCCCAGAAUGACACACGGUCUACCAAUGCUUCCCGAAAUGGCUCCUGUACUGGUGGAGACAGUCGGCGAGUCUAUGAUUGGAUGGACACAAAGACAACAUCCGAUGCCCAAAGUGGUGAAGGUGAAUCGAAUCUUUGGUGCAGUGGAACAAAUGGUGGACCCAUGGACAGGUCAUUUUGAAGACCACUUAGAAACUACAAAAAUAAAACUAGUAAGCACUUUAUUGGUGACUUUGAGGGAGGAGAGCAAGUGUGGCAAUUACUUUGAGAACUUCUUAACCAAAUGCAAAAAUAAGCUUGCACUCAACUGUCUUUACCUUUAUCACAACAUUGAGAAAUUCUUGCAAAUCUUCUACACUCAACCAAUCAACAUGUUUCGUAUCUGCAGAUAUGCCAAAUUUAUAUAUUCGAAGUUCAUUGCAACUGGCAGUCCAUUCAGUGUUCGUGCUGGACCAAAAGUUAUGUUAUUUAUAUGGCAGAAUCUAGAUGAUCCAGUUGGGGACAUGUUUGAUGAGGUGGUAGAACAUAUACUCACCGUUUUAGCUAAAUUCUGGCACAGGCUUCUACUAGAAGAAAGCUGGAUUUAUAGAAAAGUAUGUCUGUAAAGAAAAGGAGUCUUUCAACUAUUUAAAUGGACAAAUAUAUUUUAAAAUACAGAUCUCAAUCCUAAGUAUUUAAUUUUGCAUUCUCUGUUAACAUAUUUCAAAAGAAACAAUUCAGCUAUAUAGUCAAACCGGUUUCAACAAUCUACAUCAAUUGUACAACCUUCUUUCUGCUUUCUUCCACUGAAGUUUCAAAGAAUUUUUCACCAGGAGGUCACAGUUUGAAGAACUUUCAGUUUGAUCUUUCAGUGAUCAAAGUUUUUUAUUUAUACAAAUCAAAA